AAAACGUGGGGAGAGGACAGGGUAAGAAGAAAAAGAAGAAAACACAACAUUAAGAACGGAUUUCUCUUCCAGCUCUUAAUGUCCUCUGUCUUCUGUUGGGACUAACAGCUGAUGACUGAGGUAACCAAAAUGGCCGAUAGCAACACUUCUCACAUCCUAAACAGCUCCAGUUUACCAGAUGAGAGCAUUGUACAUGACAAAAAUUCCACCACUGUGGGCGCCCUCAUCCUGACUCUUGUCUUUCUCUUGGGCUUCCCUGGAAACCUCUUCAUCAUCUGGAGCAUCCUGGCAAAGGCCCGAAAACAUUCCGUCACCACCCUCCUCAUCCUCAACCUAGCCUUUGCUGACGGCUCUCUGAUGGCUCUCACGCCGUUCUUCAUCGUCUACCUGGUUUUGAAGAACUGGGUGUUUGGGGAGGUGAUGUGUAAGGUGCUCUUCUACCUGUGUCUGGCCAACAUGUACGCCUCCAUCCAGCUCAUCAUGCUCAUGAGCAUCUACAGGCUGGUAGCGGUGUUGUGGCCGCAUCGCGUCAGUAUCGUCACCAGCCGUAAGAUUGUAUUGCGGCUGCUGGCGGUGGUGUGGGUGUUUGUGAUGAUUGCCUCCAUUCCUGCAAUGAUCUUCAGGACAGUGACGCAUCGGGAACGUGCUUCUGUGUGUGAACCGCUCCACGUAAUUGACAGUCAUGUGGUCAUCCAGUACAUGAUGGAGCUGGUGUUGGGGUUUGUGAUUCCCUACGGGGUCAUUGUAGUCAGCUACAUCUGCAUCUUACGGCGAAUCCGAAAGACCAAGUUCAACCGUCGCGUUCGUAGUGAGAAGCUCAUCCUGGCCAUCGUGUUGACCUUCUGCAUCUUUUGGUUGCCCUACCAUAUCAUCAACGUGGUGCAAGUUACAUGGGCUUUGUGUCCAGAUGGUCGGGCAAAAGAAGUGCUGAAUGUAAUAUGGCACAAGAGCCGAGCUGUUACCUCUUCCAUAGCCUUCAUCAGCAGCUGUGCCAACCCAGUGCUCUACACCUUCGCAGGAAAGUCCUACAUCCGACGAGAAGGGCUGGCGUUCAUGGCCCGCUUGUUCGAGGGCACGGGGCUGGACUCGGCCACCAGGAAGAGCCGACAGAACAGCCAGAACAGUCGCGACAAAGACAAAGACGCAGAUGCCGUCAUGCUAAAGGACAAAGAUCCGGACUCCAACACCCACUCGAACUGUAACAUCAAACCAGUGAAGAAUGGGAAGUAGAGGACACGAGCUUCAGCAGGCUUGAAGCGGGUGUUGUUCCUCUGUAGGGGAAACCACUCAGGCCUUUAAAGCUUCAUCAUUGUUCAUCGUACACAGCUGAUUUGUGCCAAUCAAGAAAGACUCAGCAGCAGUCCAGUUGCUGCAUAACGUGAAUCCCUCUUCUGAGUGAGACUGUUAAAAAGAUUGAAAGGGAUUUCACUGGGCAUACUGAUCCUGGAACAACUUGCAGCCUGGUGCAUUCUUAAGUGUCAUUGUUUUGCUGAGUUAUUUCAUAAGGAAGGAAGAAUGGUGGAGCAUUAUCCAGGACCCAGGUGUUGCCUUGGUUUUACUGUACAUUUUUACUGGAACAUCAAAGUUAUUUUAUUUUUUACAGAUGUUCUUGUUGUUAUUUUUUUUUGCCAAAAUGCCAGGGGGAAGCACCAAAAUGUCAAAAUGAACUGAAACAGUGCAUGGUGAGCACAGAUUGAAGCACUUGACUUUGUUUUUGAUAAUAUUCGCACCAAUGUCUUUGCUUUGCGUGCUUCGCUCUAAUAGUUUUUCAAAUGUUUUAAAGCUUAACUGAUAGAUUUUUUGGCCACUUGGGGGUGGUGGAACAAAGUGGCAACCUCCAGGCUUGAGAUAUGAGGCCAAUGUGGAAGCAGUGAUGGCCAAAUGAGGCCUCAUGAACCACUGUCUUUAUUUUCUGACGCCACCAGAUGGAGCUGUCUGUUCAACAAAGGUUUGAAAGCACACUUCAUUGCAAGUCCUUCAGCCUUUAUCUUUAAACUAGGAGCGCCAUGUUACGGAAGUGUAUUGCAUUCA